AUGAUGGCUCUAGUGUUGUUUGUUUUUGGAGCUUUCCUCGCGGCAACAGAGAGUUGUGGCGCUGGCAAGCAACUAAUAAAGUCUGGAGGACUGACAGCGUAUGAGAAGCAAGCCAUUGUGGACGCCCACAAUCGACUCCGACAAUCGGUUGCUUUGGGCCAAGUUUCCAGUCAACCACCAGCGGCUAACAUGAUGGAAAUGGUUUGGGAUGAUGAGUUGGCAGCUACCGCCCAGCGUUGGGCUGAUCAAUGCACCCCAGCCCACGACAGAGCCGCACAGCGUGACGUUGGACGGUUCCCCGUGGGCCAGAAUCUGGCAGCAACGUGGACUACUCGCCCACCUUCUGAGCCGGCUGACACACAACCCGACUUCAUGAAACAGAUCAACGCAUGGUUCGACGAAGUCCGCAUUUACGGGUUCAAACCCAUCACCGGCGGCCAUGGCACCGGUCAUUACUCUCAGCUGGUUUGGGGUGAAACAUCACACGUGGGAUGCGGUUUCACGUUCUAUUACGACAACGUGAAAGGCUACACCAAGCUUUAUGUUUGUAACUACGGCCCCGGUGGAAAUGUUAUAGGAUCCAACCCAUACGAAAAGGGUUAUCCAUCCUGCAGUACAUAUGGACUGUCGGAAUCAAAGAAAUAUUCCGGUCUUUGUUCGGCCAGUUUCACUGCAGCGUCUGCAUAUCAAACGGUCGACAAUACCAACAGCUACAUCUCGAAUGUCAUUCCAGACAGCACUGGGGAUAAUCAAGCCUACAACUAUCAGUUCAGCAACCAGUACUACAAUCAAUACAGCAACCAGUACCAGCUGCAAUACAGACAGCCAGAAACCCUCUUCAAAACGCAAACUUCCACGUUCAGGCCCCUCAUUAGUCUUUUCAAAACAGCUUCUAAUUUAUUCACUAAGCCAAAGCCGCAAGUAAGCAUUAGUACAGUGUUUGUG